AUGAGUACAAAAGUUUGGAGUUCGAGCUUGCGGACAGUUUUUGUUUUUUCCAAGAGUUUGUGCUCGGGUGUCUUCAAGAAGUUCUCAAUGUGGGUGCUGGCGACCAUGGAUUGUUUGAGAAGUUUAUACAACAUCAUAGGAAUUCGAUUUUUCAUGAUGGCCCUAAUCAAGAUUUGGACACUCAUACUGUACGUUCUGAGAAGGAACUUAAAAAAGGUAUGGAGAGAGUUACAUAAAUAGUCGAACAAGAUGAAAAUCAAAGCAGAUAAUAUGUCUUGUUUGCUUAUGUUGUGGCCGCGUUGCAAUCUGUAUGUAAGCAAAUUAUUUAAACUUGCACCAAUAUAAGCUCAAGUUGUCAAUCUGGUGCAUAUUUUUGCGAAUUAAAUAUUAAAUUUGCUUUAAAUCUGCUAUGCUCUCUCAUGUGGCCCAUAGAAAGUUAUGGCGUUAGGGUUAUUGAAUCUGCAGCGAUUUUAUUUGAAUUUGAUUAUUAUUAUUACUUCACCUUUGGCAAGCUAAUAACGAGGUGUUUUGUUAGACAAACAAGGAAAUUGAAAGCUUAAGUUAUGCAGUCAUUCAUUUAGAAUUGCCAAGAGCUGAGGCAUUUGGUUACGUUCAGUUGUUAUCAGGUCACGCCUUUUUCCCCGGGGCAUCUUUUGAUUUGUUUGUUUGCAUUGUCUGAUACCUUUCAUUUUUCAUCACAAACUGCAAGCUUUCAGUUAUAGCUUUGCCCUUUACAAAACGGAAGUUGAUAAGAAGCAAACAAUUAACUGAUGUACAUUGCACAUGUACAAUUCUCUGUGGGAAAGUUUUCACUCACUUGAUGGCACUUCUGAAUCCAGCAGUAUGAUAUACUUUUAUAGCUUGAGGUUGAUUGAGUUGCCAAGUAGCACAUGUGUAACAAACUCAAGAAAGGUUUUUUUGUUUUUGCUUUUUUUUUAUCCUGAAUUAUGUAAUUCAAAUCUUUGACAUUUUUGCUGGCAGAGGAAAAACUUUACUUUUUAUAGUGGACCAGUCAUUGCUUUCAUUGUUUUACUGAAUAUUAUUUACAUCAUAGUUUCCAACCUAAAUCCCUUGUUACACUACUGCACAGCUCAAAGAAAGUACAGAUUAUGUUGUGAAUUAUUAUUUCAUUGAUUGGAUAUUGUCAGUGGCAGUAAUUUAAUUUCAUUUUAUGCAGUCCAACACUUCUUUUUCCCUGAGAUUUAUACCUUUGCAUGUAGGCGGAAACUAGUGCAAGGUGUUCAAACUGUUAUUAUUAAUAUUAUUAUUAUUAUUGUUGUUGUUGUUGUUGUUAUCAUUAGAGCAAUUUCACUUGACCCAUGAAAAAACUAGUAACAACUAGUGCAAAAUAGCUACAAAUAAACAAAAGAAGGCAAUUGAAUUGGUGCAUAAUAGUUCAUAGUAUACUACUACCUAUUUCACAGGUUAAGUAAAAUCAUUCUAUUAUUAUUAUUAUUAUUAUUAUUAUCAUUAUGAUGGUGAUCAUCAUCAUCAUCAUCAUUGUUAUUUUGUUUUCCUAUCGUGUAAUAAUUUUUGCAUCUAGCUACGCAUAUUGUAAGGGAGGCAUUUGGCACAAUGGAGUUGUUUCUGGCAAAAUCAUAUUUGCCCUCUUCCCAUUUUUUGAGUAUGAGACAGAAAGAGGACCACAAAAUGAGGUUGUGACAGUGCUACUUUAACUCUACCUGUCGCAGCAGCCCUGGCUGGUCUUCCAUCCAUGGUGGCUGGUCUUUGCUCUAACCUGUAAUAUUUAAAUUCAUUGUUGCUUUCAAUACCAAUUAAUCAAUGUCUUUUUACACAGGUUAUACAACACAAGACUGUAAAGUAUCAAUUGUUUCCCCUUUCACCUAUAUCUACUCAAAGAUUAAGUAAGUAUACCCAUCACCAAAAAAAACAAAAUUUACCCUUUUUUAUACAUGUUGUAGUUAAUUUUUUUCCUCAGAUAAUUUUUGUUUUGUUUUUGGGUAUGGUAAUGUAUUCUUAUGAAGUUGACACAAAGGAAAAAUAAAAAUUACCUGAGAUAAGAGAUUAACUAAAACAUAUAUGUGUGAACUGUGAAUUUUUGUGUUCCUCUUGGUACUAAAAAUAAUGUAUUUUUAUUUGCAGGACUAGUAAAAAGAAAAACUUUAGUCCUUGACUUGGAUGAAACACUUAUACAUUCACAUCAUGAUGGGUAAGGAACCUUACAUUUAACAGGAAAAGAAAAAUAUGUGCCUUGUCUGUGGCCAUCUGCCACUUGCUUUAGAAGCAUGUUUAUUUAUUUAAAUUUCAAUGAUAUUGACAGAAUAACCAAGGUCUGAAGGUUGACAAAAAUUAUCAUACUGAAGCUCUGGACUGAAUCCCACAAUAACUUAGCUAAGUCUUGUCAUAUGACAACAAGUAAAGUGAUUAAGGUUUUAUUACAAGUCAUUCAUGAUCCCCUACAAUGUAUGUCUAUUAAUUUCAUCCUGUUGUUAUUGAAUUGUCCCUUUGGAAUCCUUACUAGUUUUCUUAGCACUUUGAAAUAAAAUAAUCUGAGAAGGGCAAAACUGGGUUUGCACACAUCUUAAAAGUCCUUGAAAGUCCUUGAAUUUUUAAAAUGAAAAUUCAAGGCCUUGAAAGUCCUUGAAAAUUGCAGUGGGUGCUGGAAAGUCCUUGAAUUUCGGUGCUAACUUUGUCCAACCUGGAUUUUCAUGUACCUAAAAGGAGCAAACGUGCAGAAAGACCUUCCAAUUGCUCUUGUUGUCAAACAGAACUGAAAAUAGACAUACACUCAAGCCUUUUUUUUGCAUCGAAUGGAGUCCUUGAAAAAUGGGAAAUGUGUCCUUGAAAAGUCCUUGAAUUUUUUGUUCAAAAAAGGGUACAAACCGUGGCAAAAAAGUUGUCAUACUACACUGUUAUACUCUUACCAGGUAAUAAUACACCUUUUCUUUUCAUUUCAUCUUUAGUGUUCAAAGACAGACAGUAAGACCCGGAACUCCUCCAGAUUUUGUACUUCGGGUAAGAGGGUAUUGAUUUAAGGAAAAUCAUAAUAAAAAGGUUCUUAUGUCGUUUUGUCAGUAAGUGAGUUGCACCUGAAUACAUGAUUGUAUAGUUCAACAUUUUAAACUUUUCUCACCCUGAUUAAUCUUAGAACACAAAGAAAAUCCUGGUUAAUCUGGGAAUGGAUUUUACCUACAUGUACCUGUAACUGAUACUAACACGUGAUGAAAUUUUUGUUGUUGCAAAGAUUCAGUACAGUGUAUUACUGGUACAUUGUGUUUAAUCUCAUUAUUUUUUUAUUAUCAUGAAAGACGAGGAUUAUCGUUUAUCGUUCACCAAUAAAUUACUGUAGUCGUUGUUAGCUUAGAUGUCAUUUGCCCCUACCAAAAGCACAGUUUAGAUUUUAUCAUCUUCCUAACCAUUAAAAAAAUGCUUUUUAAUUGAUUUCACAGGUCACAAUAGACCAUCACCCAAUCAGAUUUUUUGUUCACAAGAGACCUCAUGUGGACUUCUUUCUUGAAUGUGUGAGUAUCCCUUUUACUUCCUUGUUUCAGAAGAUGAGCAUAGAGUACUAAAGUGAUGACGUCAUAAAGAUGAAAUUUCUGAAAUGAUGGGAUUUGUCGGGAUAUUCUGAAAGGACAAUGUCUAAGAGGCCUACUUGCCAAAAAUGAGCAUUUCGGGGCAAAUUGUCUCUGAGAUCUUAGCCCAGUUAUACUUAGAAAACUCCAUACAAAUCCUUCUAAAUUUUUUUUGGGGUCGACCCAAAAAAAAUUUAGAAGGGUUUGUGUGGAGUUUUCUAAGGAUAACUUGGUUACGAUCUCAGAGACAAUUUGCCCCGAAAUGCUCAUUUUUGGCAAGUAGGCCUCUUGGACAUUGUCCUUUCAGAAUAUCCUGACAAAUCCCAUAAUUUCAGAAAUUUCAUUUUUAAGAUGUCACACUUUAGUACUCUAUUGUUUAAACAUUAAGGAACAGUAUUCUUUAAGGGGUGACCAGAAUGAUUUUUUGAUCAAAACAUACCCAAACGAUGCUUGUAAAAUGAGUGUGCGUUAAUGGUAUGGGAUAGGGUUAAUGGGUAUAAUAAGGUUUAGUGGUCUCUGAAUCCUUUACUUAAAAACAAGAGAUGUCUUUGAAACCAAGCAAAUGUCAUAUCAUAGGAUAGUUUCUAACUUGCUGAAGAAAAAACUACCAUGAUCAUAAAAAAAUAACUUAGGUGUUAACUUUCAGCUCCCUCCAAAAAAUUAAGUCAGCAAUAAGGCUUAAUAAUCCAGCUCUGAUGUGCUUAUAUGUAGACACAGGAUGAUUUUGUUAAGUGUAAUGUAAAGGUAUACAUCACAAAAACUUAUGAAAUCCAUAAUGUGAUUUUAAUUUUGUUUUCUUUGACAGGUGAGUCAGUGGUAUGAUCUUGUGAUUUUUACUGCCAGUAUGGAGGUAAGACAUCAGAGAGUGUCUUCUUUGUUACUUUAUUUCAUUUUAUUUUUUUGUUGUUUGUUUGUUUGUUUUUUUGUGUUAGUUUGGUUUUUUUUUACUUAAUUUUUUUUGCUGGGAGGUACAUGUACCGCCGACUGGUACCCAUUUGAGACUCAGCUGGAUUAUUUCCUAUAUUCAGGGUGCCUGGUCCAGGCUAGAUUCUCAUCUGACCUGUUGUCAAGGGCUUUAAAUUACUGAGGAGGUUGUGCUUCCUCUGCUCUGACAUUUGAAAAUGGUUAGACGUUAGGAUGAAAAACAGCAGGUGCUGUCUCACAAAAGUUUGUUCAUCUGUCUCCUGCCAAUGGGAUUUUGGCUUGUAGUAAGUUUUACCACUGGAAGUAUUGUUUGCUUGUAUUUUAGAUCUAUGGCGCUGCUGUUGCUGAUAACUUAGACAGAAAUAGAGGAAUGUUAAAUAGAAGAUACUUCCGACAGGUAAAGUGCUGUAAAUCAGGGUCUUUAAAUGGAUCAUCCUAAACAAACUAGGGGAUGAGGAAUUUAUUAUUCUCUAACAGUUGAUGGUGACUAUUCUACUGGGGAGAGAUCCACAUUACAUUGCAUGUCCACUUUUUUCUUGUUUAUACCUCGUUUGAUACAAGCUAUUGUGUUAAAGAACGAAAUACUCAGCUGUGGUCAUGGAUCAGUGAGUGGAACAGCUUUUAUGCGAUGCCAAGUUGCUAAACUCAAUCUUACACUAAGGUUAAAACCUGAAAAAAAUUGAAAAACGAAAACCAGAAGAUAUUUUUUUUUGUCAAAGCACAAAAAGGUCCAUACGGAAAUACCGAAAUUAAACCCCCUAAAAUGCAAAUUUUUUACAACUGGAAAAAAGGUCAUUACACCUCCUAGGCGUUCUAAAAGUCCUUUACUUUUUUUCCUGGUUGGUUAUGCCAUUUUAAAAGACCUUUUCAUACUUGUUUGACGCGAAAUUCACCGUCGAAAAUUCUACAGAUGACGUCAUGACAAUUGACCAAUAGGACAGUGAGUGAUAUUUCACGCCGCUCCCGACAUAGCAUAUGUCAAUCAUUAUUUCCCGCGUGAAUUUAUAAUGUGAUUCCAAUCCAUUCUGGAGAAACAAGUCGAUCUCGAGACUUCGUCGGUAGCCCGGUCGCUGCGCGACCUCAUGCGUUGAUGCUCGCUUCACUCACUUUUAACAACUUAUGAGAGAUCGACUUGUAGCUAGUCUAUGCACCUCCCUGUUCAGAACAGACUUGGGCCCCCCCUGGAUUCGGUAUUACCGUACAUUUUAUUCAAGUAUUUUACGUUUUUGUGUCAGAACUAAUGCAGUUUGUUUGCAUUUUGCAGCACUGUACGUUAGAUUUUGGUAGCUAUACUAAAGAUUUAACAAUAGUCAAUGAAGAUCUGUCCUCAGUUUUUAUUUUGGACAACUCCCCCGGUGCUUAUCAAUACAACCCAGGUAAAGCAGUAGGCACAUAAAGUAUAAGUAAAGUCAUAAAAUUUUAUUUCAACGGGGUGGCACCUUUCAGCGUGGGCGUUGGUCUCCAUAGGGGCCCUGAGUCUUAAAAACUACUUUAACGGAAGAUUCGUAAUUUCAUUUUAUACCAUUUAAAGCAAUAUAAGAGGAUACAAAAAAAAUACAUUUUAAAAAGCCUAAAUAUUGUAACGUUCAAAGAAAACAAGAUUAGAAAUUACGAUAACCAAAAAUGCCUUGGUCGGCGGCAGAAGGCCUGUAUGCUCCCCAGCGUUUGCAGUGUUUAACGGUAGUGGAAAAUUUUCUUGGGCACAUGACUGGAGUUGCGGUCGUUUUACCCGAAAGUCGAUUCGCCCGGACUUGAGUCAGUUCGCCCGAUGAGAUACAACACAAGGAGAACAUACUUGUCAGAGAAGUUAUUUCAGUGAAGCUUGGAUUUUAUGUUAUUUUAUUUUAUUUUUUUAUUUUUAUUUUUUCACGUUUAUUACUUUUUUUCAGGCUUUAGGGCGACAUUGUUGCAAAUCGUUACAAUUUUGUUGCCAUAAAAGAGUCUAAAAUCGUCUCAUGUAACGUCGCCUAUUUAAUUCCAUUCUGUUGUAACUACUGAUUGCGGCUUUUCAGUGACGUGCAAACAAUUUUAAUUUUUAAUUUUGUCCGCAGAUAAUGCCAUUCCAAUCAAGUCCUGGUUCGCCGAUCCAUCAGAUACAGCGUUAUUAAAUCUUCUUCCAAUGUUGGAUGCGCUUAGAUUUGUCUCCGAUGUACGAUCCAUACUCAGUCGAAAUCUACACCUACACUCGCCCUGCUACUUUGUUAAAUCUUCAGCUAAGCCGGCACAUGCCUUAUAGAUAUUCCUGCAUCCUCCAAAAGGAUUUCUGCACCACAAAACUGAAGGAAUAUAAUAGAACUGCGACUGUACUAUAUAUCUGUUCUCUUGUUGCUUGUCAAGGACACAUUAGCCAUUUUUUAAAGGGUAAGAGUGGGACUGGGUCGAGUUUGUAACGAAUUGCACUGUGGGACUGUUUUGGGGAAAAAAAUUGGACCCAGUUUCCAGUUUUUGCGAUCUCGCGAAUCUAAAAGUACUGUAAAACGAGCAACAAGAUACUUGCAACUUGUCAUGCGAGUUUGCUGUAAAACGAGUUGAUUGACGAUGUUGCGCGUUUUACGAAAAAAAACCCUUGCAGCCUUGUUUGCUGCAAGACAUGCUCGAACGUGGUUGGCAAUACGCGCAACAUCGCUAUUCAACUCGUCUGGCAGCAAAGUCGCCAAACAAGUUGCACGUUUUACUGUACCGCAAGGCGCGACGGCGUCGGUAGUUCUCUCAAACAACCCUAUAAUGCAAUUUCAUACAGAACUGAUCCAGUCCUACGUACAAUUUUAAGUGGCCGAAAGGCAAAAAUUCGAGCAAAGGUUCGACAGUUUACAGGUCAUCUUCUCACUGUUAACAGGUUAGGUCCUCUUCAGGCUAGAGGAUUAGUCUUCAGCGACUAUUCUUUUUUAUAUAUAUAUAAAGAACUUAAAGUUAACGAUGAGUUUAAAAGAACACUGUGUGCGGCUAGCUUGUCGUUGUCACUAAACGCCACAGGUACUUUGCGUGAUCACACAAAGGACAGCUGCAGUUGCAGACUACUAAUGUUAACUUUUUAGUUGGCUGCAACAAAGCUGUUGCUCUUUUUCGGAUUUUAUAGCAUGAGAUGCUGAUCAACAGCAAAUAGUACCAUGUGAAAGAUCUGCCGAAGAGCUUUCUGUUGAAAAAGGUAUACAGUCGACUCUCUCUUAACGGACACCUCUGUAAAACGGACACCUAGAGUUGGUCCCUGCCUUUCUUUACUCCUUUUAUUUGACUCUCUAUAAGACGGACACCUCUCUAAGACGGACACUUACUGCCGGUCCCAAAGGUGUCCCUCUUAGAGAGAGUUGACUGUACAAACAGGAGCCUAUUCCUUUUUGGACUUGAAGGGGUUUAGUUAUAGUAUUGUCAAUGAUUUCGCCCGUCAUCUUUAGCUACGAGCAGUAAACUAGUAUUGAACUUUGGUUAUGAUAAUCGCCACAAAAGAAAAAAAAUGGUACGACCCGUCUUCAAAUUGAAGUAAAUUGCCGUACGCUGUGAAUGCGAUUACAAAUCUCUGUAAUGUUUAGUAGACCCGUUAACCAUGCGUUUCACUUGUGUUUGUAAUUAGAGGCGAAAUCAUUGACAAUGUGACAAAUCCGGUGCUCUGUGGGGAGACUGGACACCCGCUGACGAUCCCUGGGUUUCUAGGAUUGCUCCUAGAGCCAAGUUACGUUAUGAUAUGCUGGCGGUUUCCAUGGACACCUGCAGACCAAUCCCUACACUUAAAUACUUCGAUGGUUCACGUUUCAAAUGACGUUUUGUCGCAGAAUGUUCACCUAGGGUUCGGUAGAAAGUCGAGUUAACCAAAGUAGUCGGGUAACCUGUUUCCCAAAUAAAACCCAGAAAACUGAAAACCGGUAGUAGCGUGUUACACACGCACUGAAAUUGAUGAGCUUUUUGGCCAUUGGACUUCUGUACAGGUCUUUUUGGUUAUUU